GUCUUGACUCCAGAAUUUUUAGGAUCUGUGCAAAGCUUAGUGAUGAAGAUCAUAAGUUCAAGAUACUCUCUUCUUCCUGGUUAGCAGCAGAAGUUGAUGAUGCUGAUCCAGAACCACUGCUCUCACAGGAGUAAAAUGCCACUCAGGUUGGGAGGAGAUUUUGCUGAUAACAGGGGAAAGCUGACACGUCACCCAGCUGACAGCCAUGGUGGAGAAAGAGCUGAGCCUAGGUGGAACGUGAAAGCUGAAAGCUCAGCGGCUGCUCCACAUCAACACAAGCUGGUCGAGCUUCCUCAAGCGUCCAACUCAAGAUGGCACCUGGUGUGAAAUGUCAAGAGCAAAACAAAGAGACCAGCUGAAGGUCCUUGUUGAAGAACCUCCUUGAGCAGAAGACUGUUCAUAAGCCAGGACAGUCAUGAACAGGAAGGCGGAUGGCGGGGAGAGUUCUCUAUGACAUAAUAAAGUCAUCAGUGUCAGGUGGUCCUGUGACACAUCACAAAAUCUGCAUAAAAGUCUCAUGAUCUUCAUAUAUAGAUCUGGCACCACCUCAGUUUCCCAACCAGUCAGUCAACACCGAGCUACCACGGCGAACCACACACUGCGUUCAGGCGGCACGUUGGAAGAUGGACCCAGUAAUCGUCAGCUACGAGAACAGCUGGCUGCGGCGCUCUGACGUCUCUCUGCUGGAGGGGCCGCACUGGCUGAACGACCAGAUCAUCGGGUUUGCCUUUGACUAUUUUGCCAGUGAUUGUUUCAAGACGCUGAGCCAGAUGGCCGCCUUCAUCAGUCCCGAGGUGACCCAGUUCAUCAAGUUCUGCGAUGACAUGUGGGAUCUGUGUUUGUUUCUGGAGCCACUGGACCUGGCCUCCCGCCAGUGGAUCUUCUUGGCAGUCAAUGACAACUGCAACCAGGAAGCGGGAGGGUCCCACUGGAGCCUCCUGGCCUUUGUCCGCGCCUCUGGCAAGUUCAUCCACUACGACUCCUUUUAUUCCAGAAACAGUGCUCACGCAAAGCACAUCGCCAAACAGCUGGAGCCCUUUUUGGGGAUGGAGAAGAAACUGAGGUUCCAGGAGAAGAGAUGCCCUCAGCAGUGCAACAGCUACGACUGCGGGAUGUACGUCCUCAGCAUAGCGGAGAUCUUGUGUGAGAAGGCCAAAGGAGAGACACGGUCGACCCGCUUGGUCCGAAGAAUCACUCCCGCCUUCAUCAGCCAGAAGAGAGAAGAGUGGUGCAAGCGGAUCCAAACACUGGUGCAAAGAGCUGCUCAUCUCGACACCUUGAGUGUCGCACCAUCUCCUCGAGACCUCCAGACUUGAGUCAUGACUCCUGAUUUGUAACACGCACGAUUAAGUGUUCUGGCUGUAGAACGUUCUACUUGUUCUUGACAUAAAGUUUUAAAUACAAUGUAUUUAUUUUUUAACUGAUGUUGAAAGGUGAAACUGGGAACUGGGAACGCACCUACAGAAGACGUGAGUGUCAUCAUGUCACCUGAGUGACAGGAAACCAGAGUGCUCAGAAUAAACCAGAGAUUUCACUCAGCUGGGCUGUAUAUCACUGAGAUGACUUGUAAAAUGCAGACAAUAAAUGUAGUUCAGGCUCCAUCAAGCGGCAACUAACACUAAAUAAUGCUAAACAAGAAUAUGGAUUCAGAUAUAGAAUCUUU